AUGAAGAUUGAAAGCGAUUCUGGCGAUCGAUCAAGGUUCUUGGAGAAUUAUGCGGCCGGUUUUCUUCUGAGAAUUCAAGAAUGGAUUUCUGGUCAGACAGCUUUGGGGGAAGCACAUAAUGGAGAAAACGCCUUUGCUGAUUCAUUAGAAGCAUUUGGAGGAGGCUACGACGACCCUGUUAGUGUAUCAGUUGGAGGACCUGUCAUAUCUAAGUUUAUCACUGCACUACGUGAGUUAGCUACUUUUAAAGAGCUUCUUCGCUCACAGGUAGAGCAUGUAUUGAUUGACCGGUUGUCAGAGUUUCUAAAUGUUGAUUUGCAAAAUGCAAAGGAAUCUCGUCGUCGUUUUGACAAAUCUGUGCAAUCGUAUGAUCAGUCACGAGAAAAGUUUGUUUCUUUGAAGAAGAAUACUCCUGAAGAUAUUGUUGCUGAAUUAGAAGAGGGUCUACAAAAUUCAAAGUCAUCGUUUGAGAAAAGCCGCUUCAAUCUAGUACACUCUCUCAUGAAUAUUGAAGUGAAAAAGAAGUACGAGUUCUUGGAGUCGAUAAGUGCAAUAAUGGACGCUCAUUUGAGAUACUUUAAACUGGGUUAUGACUUACUGAGCCAAAUGGAGCCUUAUAUUCACCAGGUGCUAACGUAUGCUCAACAAUCUAAAGAAGUGGCUAAUAUUGAGCAAGAUAAGCUUGCAAAACGGAUCCAGGAAUACAGGACACAGACAGAAGUUGAAAAUAUACCCAUGCCAGGUGCUGAUGGCACCCAUCCUGUAGGUUUGAAUUCUUACAAAAGCUUUGAAGCAGGAUGCAGUCUGCAACCAAAGAUUCAAACAGUUAAGCAAGGCUAUCUAUCAAAAGGACCCAAACCCGCGGGAUUUCAGUCAUAUAAUUAUAGUCGUUCUUCUGAACAAAAUAGUGGCAUGUUUGGUAGAUUCCGUUCAAGGCAUAGUAGGGCAGCGUCACUAAAUGAGGAUAUUUUGGGUUCUUGUACAGUUGAUCUGUGCACAUCCACUAUAAAGAUGGACGCAGAGGAUACUGAUCUACGACUUUGCUUCCGUAUCAUUUCUCCCUCAAAAACAUAUACACUGCAGGCUGAAAAUGAAGCUGAUAGAAUGGACUGGGUAAACAAAAUUACUGGAGCUAUCACCUCGCUUUUUAAUUUUCAGUUUCUUCAACAGCCUCAUUAUGGUAAAUUGCAAUUACAAAAUAAAAACUCAGCAACUGGUUCUUCCUUGACAAGUCAACAAGAGGAUAGUAAUAAAUCUUCGAUGGAUGAUGUAUAUUCCAAAGAAGUGGGUAGUGUCUCUAAAAUUUUAAGGGGAAUUCCUGGGAAUGACAAGUGUGCUGAGUGCAGUACUCCUGAACCAGACUGGGCAUCUUUAAACCUUGGUAUACUGCUGUGUAUUGAAUGCUCCGGAGUGCAUCGCAAUCUUGGUGUUCAUAUCUCAAAGGUGAGAUCUAUAACGUUAGAUGUGAAGGUUUGGGAACCUACCAUUUUGGAGUUAUUCAAUAAUUUAGGUAAUACUUUUUGUAAUUCUAUUUGGGAGGGCUUGCUUCUGCUUGGUGAUGAAAGAGUAGGUGAAUCAAAUGUGCCUUUGAAACCAUGUUCCACAGAUCCCUCCCAAUAUAAAGAAAAGUACAUCCAAGCAAAGUAUGCAGAGAAAUCACUAGUCAUCCGGGAAGAGGACAUACCCGAAAAACCUUCAGUUUCCACAAAAAUAUGGCAAGCAGUUCAGGCUAUAACUGUACGAGAAGUGUAUCGCCUUAUUGUAACAUCAACUUCAAAUCCUAUAAACACAAAAUUUGAAGAGGCGGUUUCCCAUGCAGAGACUGAAAAUCAUCAGCAUGAUCCUGAAGCCUGUCUGAGGAUUAAGGAGGCUAAUGAAACAGAGAGUUGUUUCCGCGGUUGGUCUUUAUUACACCUAGCAUGUCAUUCUGGCAGUACAUUAAUGGUUGAGCUGUUGCUCCAAUUCGGCGCUGAUAUAAACAUGCGUGAUUAUCAUGGAAGGACUCCCUUGCACCGUUGCAUUUCUAGUGGGAAAAAUUCAUUGGCUAAGUUUUUACUAAGAAGGGGCGCAAAACCAUCAAUUAAAGAUGCUGGUGGACAUACUGCACUUGAAAGAGCAAUGGAGUUGGGAGCAAUAACUGACGAAGAGCUAUUUAUCUUGCUUGUUGAAUGCUAG